UAGUAGCAGAGGACUGGAUCUGAGAUGCGAGAGCUAAGACAGUUACAACAGUUAAAUGAGAGACAGACAGCAACGGAGUGAGACAGACAGACAGAAUCUUCUGGAACUUUCCUGUCGUGGAGUAGCCUACGCUUCUCCUCUCGGAGCUCUGAUGUUUCCUGUUCCAUGCUGUCGGGCUUUCCUGGACGUCCUGGCUGCAGUCAUGCUUUAGUCAUGUCCCCUUGGGCAGCUGCCAGCUCUGAGUGACAAGUGUGGUGUUGUGUGAGAUCCGCAGGACGUCCCUUUCCAGUCGUCAGAGGACCAUCGGCAAAGCCUUUUUGAACCUGAACACCGCGCAGUGAGACUUCUCCACACUUUCCUGUCUUUUCCUUGUGGCUAAAUUACAGGAACGUUAGCUCAGGAGGAGGAUGAUCGCUGAAGUAACCUUGGGAAUUACCAGUGUCCCCUGGGUGCCCGCAGCGCACCUGGUGUGAUGUCAGUGUUGCAACCACUUGCGCACCGUGAAGGGUAACUCAACUGAGGGGGGCCUGAUAUUUCAAGCUCUUUGUUAAGUUUUUAUUUUAAAGUAAGCUAAAUGCACUGAUAGUCUUAGGUUUCCUUAAAAGAAGAUAGGAUAUUCUGAGGUGGGUCAGUGCGACUUUACUAUUUUUGACCUCGUGCGAACUUCAUUGGGGAACCCAUCUUUCCUCCAAGCCUCUGUUUCACCAGCCCAAGGUUGACCAAAACGACGGAAAGUUCUCCUGUCAAUCCGAGUGUGGGCCUCCACUGCAUACCCAGGAGGGCUCAGGCCUCUGAACCAGAACGGUCGCUAAUACCCUUGCUUCCCCCUCACCCUCCUUUGCCUUGCUUGCUGAGGACCCCAGGUUUGGGAUUUACCGGCUGCUCCAGCUCCGGUUCCGGGGAAGCAUCGCAGAUCGGAGCACUGUGGGUAGCCUCCGCAGGAGAGAUGCUGAAGGGCCCUAAUAAUGUCACCACUCAGCAAGGCGUGGCCAGCACUUCCACCUCCACCACCACUACCACCACCACCACCACCACCAGCACCACCACGCCCAACACACCCAACCGCUUUGCAUUGUUCUCGGAAAGUUGUGUACCUGUUGCAAAUUCCUUGAACUUUGGCAACUUUGGGAGCCCACUGCUUUUUGGCCCCGCCUCUUUGCGGUUGGCCCAGAUUAAGACCCAGUUGGCCCUGCACCAGCUCAACACAAUCACCACUGGUAACCACGGCGCAACAGCUUUGUCCUUGCUGAACUUGCUCAAGGUCACGAUGUCCCAUCCCUUGUACAACCCACGGGGGGCACCCUUCUCCAACCAGAGGCCUGUCAUGUCCAACCAGUACGGCUUGAAUGCACAGCCAGUUCUUGACAUGGCGGGUGCGCGCUUAGGUCCUGCGGCAGGGAUGAUGUCUCCAAUGAUGCCCCAGCAGAUGGGCUACCAGAUGGCCCAGCACCCCACGGGCCUGCCUCAGGACAUGGAGUCCACCAUAGACAUGCACAUCCGUGGAGCUCGGGAGGAGGUUCGGCUGCUCAACCAGAUGAUACACCAGCACAAGGACCCCCGCCUGAGGAAAGAGCCCAGGGAAGAGAUGCUGUCUCAGGGGAACAGCUUUCCCCCGCAGAGGGUCCCUGGCAGACCAGAGGAGCAAUCCACGGUGGACUGGUCAAACUACCAGAACCUAAACAAGCUCUUCGCCCCGCAAGUGAUGGCCCAGCCAUCCCCUCCUGCCCAGAUGUUCCAACCCUCUGGGUUUGGGACCCCUUCUGGGGGAGGCAGAGGAAGUGCUGAGAGCCAGCCUCCUCCAGCGUCCAUUCCUGCCGAGCGCCGGCAGUCCCGUUACACCUCGGAGAGUGCCAGCAGUAUCCUGGCGAGUUUUGGACUUUCGAACGAGGACCUUGAACUCCUCAGUCACUACCCCGAUGAGCAGCUCACCCCUGACAACCUGCCCUUCAUUUUGCGAGAUAUCCGAGUCAGAAAGGCCAAGAGGAACCUGCCGGACGUGGACCACCGUCUCCCAUCCCCCGGCACGCAGGAUCGCCUCGGGGGCGAGCCGCGGCCCAGCAAAGUAAUUGACUAUGGACACUCAAGCAAAUUUGGCUACUCUGAGAAGAGCCAGGACAGUUUCAAGCAUGAACAGCGGACCACAGACCCUCAGAAAUAUGUGAGGGAUGCACCCGUUGCAGUCUCCACUUUCCCCUCAGUAGACUCCAAACGGCAGAGCUCUGGACCUGUUGCUAAAAAACCACUGAUUGACCAGAGGAAGAAUCCACCCAGCAUGGAGGACAAGACCGGCAAGAGUGCGCCAACCAGAGACUCCCUACCGGCACCCAACAGACCCACGGCGGGGCCUCCACCGCCCACCCACGGCAUCAGAGCCAACCUGGUGAACCUCACCGAGGGCAGCAGCGCUCUGAAGCCCGGGUUUGCGGUCACGAAGCCAGCCUGGUCUCCCUCGUUCCCUCCAAGCAACGCUGGGACCUCGAAGAGACUGCCCACACCUACCAUGAUGAAUGAUUACUCCGCUGCAUCCCCAAGAAUCUUUCCCCAUACGUGUUCUCUCUGUAACGUAGAAUGUGUCCAGAUAAAGGACUGGAUCGAGCACCAGAACACCAGCAUUCACAUCGAGAGCUGCCGACGCCUGCGAAAGCAAUUUCCUGACUGGAACGUGGAGACUGUUGCAGUUUCCAGGACCGAGAGGAAGCCGCCCCUGGAGCACCGCCCCCCAAAGCGACGAACUCGCUCCUCAUCCAGAUCCCGGUCGUGGUCCCGCUCGCCCAGCCCCUGGCGUUACCAUGGCCGCUCGGAUUCGCGGGGUCGUAGGCCACGCUCCCGGAGCCCCCGCUCCCGGAGCCCCCGGCGAUACCGCCGGUCACGGAGCCGGUCCCGUUCACCCCGCCGUGCGACACGCCCCCAGGCCCCGCUGCAGCCCCGCCGCCGGUCCCGCACCCCCCCGCCCCGCCGGUCCCGCACCCCCCCGCCCCGGCGGUCCCGCUCGCGCUCCCGCAGCUUCACCCGCCUCUCCCCGCCCCGCCCCACCCGGUGGCUGAACCCCCGACACGCCAGCCCUCGCCGGCAGCAGCAGUCCUCCAGCAGCGAGAGGCUUGCCAAAAAGCUGAUCGAGUCGUCAGGACUGGCUGUGACUCACAACACUACUCUGGAGGCCAUGGUGGAGUCCCUGGCGCCCGCUCUCAUAGCGGAGCUGGCCAAGAAGAAGAGCGGCUCCUCCUCUGCCUCCACCAAGAGCGGGGAAAAGAAGAAGACCUCCCCACCCACCUCUGGAAAAACAGUUCCCUCAAAGACUGGCACCUCCAAGAAUGUCAAAGGGAAGAAGGGGCCGGCAGUCACUUCCUGUUUCCUGCGACUGAAAGGAGUGCCCUUUAUCGCCAGCCACCAAGAGGUGAUGAAUGUCCUGCAGCCCUAUGGGAAGGUCAACAGCGCCACUCUCUACAAGAAAAUUGAAGAGGCUACAGUGUGCAUGGAGAGGGAAGAGGAUGCCAAAACCCUGGCUGAGUGCAGGAACCUGACGAUACGAGGCAGAACCAUUAGCAUCUGUGUGGAGAAAGAUGCAAGAGAUCACAAGGUGAAGCCUCUUGUAGGAAAAAAGAAGGAGGUGCCUUCGGCCAAGCUGCCCGCGAGCAUGAAGGCAAAGGUGCCUGCCAAGAAAACAGAUGGCAACGUUGUAAAGAAGGUGGUAAAGAAGGAUUUGCCCAAGAAGUCUAUCAUCCAGAUUUUGGGUCUGCCAGAGAGCGGCUACACAGAGGACGACCUCAAAAAUCUGGCCACACCCUUCGGCUUCUCCUCGGGCCUCCUCAUUGCCGUCCAGCAGAAACAGGCGUUUGUGGAGCUUCCUGACCUGGAUUCUGCAGAGGCCAUGUUGAAGACCUACAAGGAAAGCCCGCCCAAAAUCCAGGACUGUCAGCUGAGCUUCGAGCACAUGACCCGGCCCAUAGAUUUCAGCAAUCCGGAGUCAUUGUUCAGAAUGUUGAUGGGAAUUGAGAAGCCCACGGAAGCUGCUAACCUUGGGGACCGCCUCCUGACGGUCAACAAUGUUCCCAUGGGGAUCAGCCCAACCACCGAGGUCAAGGAGCUAAUCAAACGCUUUGGGAGCUUCAAGCAGGCCUUGGUGCUGAAUCACAGGAUCAUUUUGGAAAUGGAUACUCCAGCCAUUGCCAAGGCAGUCUUCAAUCGUUUCCAGAAGUUUCCCUGCAUUGUCCAGAACAGCCCCCUCACCUUUUCUGUGAUCAAUAAACCUGUGAAGGCUGCAGAAGAGGUCAAGAAGAAACCUGAAGUUAAAAGUGGCAGACCUGCCCCUAAGCCUGGUGAUGCAGCUAAGAAGGGCUUAGCGGCCCCCAAAACCAUGGCCGCCGGCUUGAAAGGCACCCCCGCUGGCCCCAAAACCGCAGCUGCUGCAGGAAAAGCAAAAAUGUCCAAGGCUCCCGCAACCACACCCACCCCCGCGGCCACAAAGGCCGAGAAUCCUGCUGCAGCCAGCGCUGCCGCCACGGGCAAAACCGCUCAACCAGCUCCCACAGUGCCCCCUGCUGUCACCCCCAUUGCCACAGCUGCUAAGGAACCUCCCGCCAAACCCAACUCCCCACCACCAGAGGGUGCAGUAACAUCUGCCAAGAGCCAGACGGUGGAGACCACAGACAAUCAGAAAAGCCAGUCGGAUGCCCCCGCUGGAGAUCAGGGUACAGCUGAAGCCCCCCUUGUAGAGACCAAAGAGGACCAGGGGGCGAGCCAGGAGGCCUUACCGCGCAGUACUGCUCCCGCGCCAGCAGAGGGCGACGUUGCCAACUCGGCUGCAGUCGAGGACAAGGACGUUAUGGCUGUGGUUGAGGACAAGGACGUUAUGGCUGUGGUUGAGGACAAGGACGUUAUGGCUGUGGUCGAGGACAGCGCCGUUGCGGUCGAGGACAAGGAGGUUGCGGUCAAGGACAAGGACGUUGCGGUCGAGGGCAAGGACCUUACAGUCGCGGUCGAGGAAAAGGAUGUUAUGGCCGCGGAGGGCGACUCCAAACAGGACUGCAAGCCCGCAGCGGUGGCCAAGCCAGAGAGCGGGCCGCAGGCCGGGAAGGCUCCGCCCGCCAAAGGCCCCGCCCCGACGGCCCCCAGGCCCGACCAGAAGCCGCCGGACUUCCCGCCAGUGACGCAGGAGAUCCUGCGGGCGCUGGAGGCGGCGGUGCAGGAGUGCCGCAUGCGCUCGUCCCUCCGGCGCUGCGAGGAGGCCAAGCGCGCCGAGGCCGGCAAGGGCGGAGCACCGCCCCCCCGCCGUGAGCCGUCCCCGCCCCGGGACAGGCACCGCGGCCGCGCCCAGUCAGACGAUGAGCUGCCCCCCGUCACGCACAGAGGGAGCUCGUCUGGGUCAUCGUCAGGGUCGCGAAAGAGCAGGCGCGAUGGGAGCCCCGCCCCCAGGAGGGGGAAGGACCACGAGGGGGAAGUGGAUAAGCUCAAGAACUACAGCUCAAGUAGAUCCUCUAAGUCAUCAAGCAACUCCAAAGCUGCAGGUGACAAAAGGGCUGAGGAACAGGACUUCACCGAAGACAUCUUUCCGUUCGACCUGGACGAGUUCGUCACCGUGGACGAGGUCGGGGAUGACGUGGAGGGUUCCUCUCAGGAGGAAGAGAAAAAGACCUCGGAGCCCCUACAGCACUCCACGCCCUUCCCGGGAAGUUCCAGAACACGGAGGAGGACCCGGGCCUCACCGACUGCAAAAAACCAGAAGAAGCCCGCCCCUCCCACUCAGAAAUCACUGAAGAAACAGACUACCACUGCCAAGGGCAAGCAGGCCAAGAAGGUUCCGUCCAAACCUGUGGGGACCAAAGACGAGCAGAGGCCCCAGGUAGCUGCAGAGGGGGCUGGUGAGGUGGUGUUGAAGAUGGAGUCUGAAACCCCUAAAACGGAGGUGGAGGUGGAUGAGAAGAUGGAGGAACAGAAGGUGGAGGAGGAAAAGGUCAAAGCCCCUGUUAGCUCCGACCCUCAGCGCGGUGAGGAUAUGGAGGCUUCCACUCCAGAAAGUGCAGCUGAAGUGGUGGAAACCAAAACUGUGGACGUGGCGGCAGAGGCCACCACAACCACAGAAACUGUUACCUUGGCCUUGGAAAGCCAACCGGAACACCAAGCUGAGGAGGCAGGCCCCGCAGUGGAGGAGAAGGGCCAGUCGACGGGUGAGACCACUGUUCCCUCCAUCCCUGCAGCCCAAAAGUCCCAAGAGCCACCUGUGGAUCGGAGUCCCUCAGAGCAGUGUCCCGCAGAGGAGAGUCCUGCAGAGGCGGCCCCCACGGAAAGGGCUCCGACGGAGACUGCUUCCACGGAGACAGCUCCCGUGGAGACUGAUGACCUGGUGCCUACGAAGCAGGAGCAGCCCAAGAAGAUGGAGCCUGGCCUUAAGAAGGCUCCCCAGGGACUGGCGGCCGCUCUGGUCACCCUGGACGAGGUGAGCGAGGAAGAGGAGGACUACCCCGACGAAGAGGAGGAUGAGGAGGAGCUGCUGAUGGAGCAGAACGAGGCGCUGGUGACGGUGGACGAGGUGGGCGGGGACGAGGACCCCUUCCUGCAGGCGGUGAAGGACCUCCAGGCCCUGGUCACCCUGGAUGAGAUCGUGGAGGAGGACGAGCCCAGCUCCGAGCCCUUCCCCUUCGGACUGGGGGAGGAGACUGGCGACGCCUUCAACCCCGAGGCUUUGCUGACACUAGACGAAACGCAGGACGACGAUGAGGAGACUGGGGAAGAGGCAGCCAAGAUGGCGACCUCCGAGAAGUCCACAGAAAGUCCCGCUACCCAUGAGGCUCUGUUGACUCUGGAUGAAACACUGGGUGAUGAUGAGGAAUUGGAGGAAGACAAGAUACCAAGCUCCGAAAAAUCCACUGACUCUCCGUCCCUCCCGACCGGUCUUGCGCAGUCUGACUCCCCUGUCGUACCCUCGGCCGAGUCGGGCGAGCUUGUGGGGUCUCCCAGCCCCGAGGAGGUGGGCAGGGGGCUGGAGGAGCUGCGGAAGAUGAAUUUCGUUACUGUGGAUGAGGUUGGAGAGGAAGAGGAGCAGCAGCAGGAGGAGGAGGAAGAAGAGGUGGAACCCGCACCAAGUCCCGUCGUGAGGGGAGGUCGGCCCAAGAAGAGAGGGCGCCAGGCCACUGUCAGGAAAUCAGCCAGAGGGAGGAAGCCUUUGCCUGUGAAGAAAGAGGAGGCGGACCCCACCCCUGUGACCCCUGUGGAGUUCUGCUCUGUCUCGGUCCCGGAUCCUCAGACCGUGAAGACAGAGGCGUCCGAGGACAUGCCCGACGACGAGCCAUUUCAUGCCAGACAGGACCCAAAGUCCAACGGGGAUAAAGCUCUCUCAGAGGAUCCACAGGAGAGCCUUUGCACGACCAACCCAAGAGCCACGGUCAAAGAAGAGUCUAGGCUCAGGAGAGACGAGGGCCGGCUAGAGGAGCCGGACUCCAAGAAGCACAGAACAGAGUCUCCUGUUCCCACAGACUACAAGAUGCCUCCGUUCUCUGCAAACAACCCCAUUGGCCUGGAGUUUGUGGUCCCGAAGACGGGCUUCUUCUGCAAGCUCUGCUCUCUGUUCUACGGCAGCGAAGACGCUGCCAAGAAGACCCACUGCAGCAGCCUCAAGCACUAUCAGAACAUGGAGAAGCAUUUCCAGAAGCUAAGAGCGGGUUCCAGUUGCAACUCCCUGUCCGAAUGAAUUCUUCCCCCUUUCCCCCCCCCUCCUUUCCACAUCCUGUGGGUUUUUCACAUUUAUGGGUCCAAUCUCUCUCUGUACAUUUGUUUCCUUUCAGGAGUUAAUAACCCUGUUAAUUUAAAGAGAGAAACUAGCGAAAAGCAAAACGCAAGUGUGUAACACAAUAAACUGAGUUUUAUUAAAAAAA